GCUAUUGUGGAGUCCGAAGAUAUGAAGAAGAAGUCAGUUGUUAAUCUUGAUAAGAUUGCAAAGAGUACUGCCAUUCUAGCAUCUAAUACAAGUUCCAUCUCCAUUACUAGGCUAGCUUCUGCAACUAGUAGGCCGCAACAGGUAAUGCUCAGUUUGUAUGCACUUUAUGAAUCCUCCUCCAAUAAUAAACGAGCUGGUAAUGAGUGGGUUAGCGGGUUGGGAAAAAAAUUGUCAAGUCUAAAGUUGGUUGAGAUAGUGCGAGGUGCAGACACAUCAGACAAUACAUUUUAUGCUACAAAAGCCUUGGCGGAGAGGCAACUGACUGGAGGUUUAAAUUUUGAACAGAAAAAUGUUGUGACAUUUGGGAAGAUAGUAAUAUGCUCUCAGGAUUUUUCUGGUUUUGUCGUGAUUCGGAUCCUGAUGCCAAUGGUAAAUGAAGCCUUUCAUGCACUUUAUACUGGGGUAGCAACAAAGGAAGAUAUUGAAACAGGAAUGAAGUUGGGGACAAACCAUCCAAUGGGUCCUUUGGAGCUUGCAGACUUCAUUGGAUUGGAUGUGUGUCUGUCAAUAAUGAGAGUUCUACAUGCAGGCCUUGGGGACGGUAAAUAUUCCCCAUGCCCCCUGCUUGUGCAGUAUGUUGAUGCAGGUCGCCUUGGAAAAAAACGUGGCAUCGGGGUAUAUGACUACCGCAAGAUGCCUGAAUCUUUAAAACCAUCCUCCCGGCUUUGAAUUUUACUGCCUCUCUAUGUAUUGCCAAAUUGCUUAAAGUCAUGAUGUCUUCGUGUAGUCGUAAACGUAUAUAUAUUAAUAAAAUUGGGUCACAUAAGCUGGAAGACUAUCCUUAUGCUUUCAGCUGGAAAAUUGUAUUUCAAUAUUUAAGGCUUCUUGCUUAGCUAUUCCUAGCUUAACUUACUUUUAUAGUCUGACUAAAGGAAUAGUGAUUGC